AUGACUCACUUGAACUUUGAGACCCGGAUGCCUCUGGGACAAGCGGUCAUUGACCAAUUCCUGGGACUGCGCCCGCACCCGACCAAAGUGCAAGCCACGUACGUCUGGAUCGACGGCACCGGCGAGCAACUGCGCUCCAAGACGCGCACUUUCGACCGCGCGCCGAAGAGAAUCGAAGACUAUCCUAUCUGGAAUUACGACGGAUCUUCGACCGGACAGGCCAAGGGCAGGGACUCGGAUCGCUACUUGCGCCCCGUCGCCGCCUAUCCGGAUCCGUUUUUGGGCGGAGCGAACAAACUGGUGAUGUGCGACACGCUGGACCACGAGAUGCAGCCGACGGCGACGAACCACCGCCAACUCUGCGCCGAGAUCAUGCAGGAGGUGCGCGACACGCGUCCGUGGUUCGGAAUGGAGCAGGAAUACCUGAUUGUGGACCGCGACGAUCACCCGCUCGGAUGGCCGAAGCACGGAUUCCCGGCUCCGCAGGGCAAGUACUACUGCAGCGUCGGCGCGGACCGCGCGUUCGGAAGAGAAGUCGUCGAGACGCACUACCGCGCCUGCCUCCACGCCGGACUCAACAUCUUCGGAACGAACGCAGAGGUCACGCCCGGACAGUGGGAGUUCCAGAUCGGCACUUGCGAGGGAAUCGACAUGGGCGACCAAUUGUGGAUGUCCAGAUACAUUCUACACAGGUAGAGAGUAGAAAAGGAUCUGAAAAAAUAAUUGGGUUUUCAGAGUGGCCGAGCAGUUCGGUGUCUGCGUGUCGCUCGAUCCGAAGCCGAAAGUGACGAUGGGCGACUGGAACGGCGCCGGAUGCCACACGAACUUCUCGACGGCCGAAAUGCGCGCGCCGGGCGGAAUUGCGGCCAUCGAGGCGGCGAUGGAAGGCCUGAAACGCACGCAUUCGGAAGCGAUGAAAGUGUACGAUCCGCACGGCGGACAGGACAAUCUGCGUCGUCUGACGGGCCGCCACGAGACGAGCUCGGCUGACAAAUUUUCGUGGGGAGUCGCGAACCGCGGAUGCUCGAUCCGCAUUCCGAGACAGGUGGCCGCCGAGAAGAAGGGCUACUUGGAGGACCGUCGUCCCUCGUCGAACUGCGAUCCGUACCAAGUGACGGCGAUGAUUGCGCAGAGCAUUUUGCUUUGA